AUGUCAAAAGGGGUUACUAUUACUUUGCUCUUAUUACUGGCGACUUCUCGUCUAUUUUUUCAACCACUCUAUUCCCUAAUCUCAGAUUGUGAUGAGACUUUCAAUUAUUGGGAACCUUUAAACCUAUUAGUCAAUGGGUUUGGGAAACAAACUUGGGAAUACUCACCAGAAUACGCUAUUCGUUCAUGGGCGUUUCUAUCUCCCUUUGCCUUUAUAUUGAAACCUUUCAAUUGGAUCUUUCCUCAAUUGGAUAAUGUUUGGAGCUUCUAUUUAGUAAGAUUCACUUUAGGAUUGGUUAGCUUCAUCUGGGAAUAUCUAUUACAUUUAGAAAUAGCCACAAGUUUAUCACCUACUUCAGCUAAUAUAUGGUUAUUAUUCCAGGUCUUUAAUCCAGGUUGGUUCCAUGCCUCGGUAGAGUUAUUACCAUCAUCAGUAGCUAUGCUGUUAUAUUUGAUUUCUAUAAAAUAUGCCAUCAAUUAUUUAUCAAGAGAUAAUUAUUCAAGUUUCCUAAAGAGUUUGGGAACAAAUUUCUUGGCAGGUUUAUUAGGUUGGCCAUUUGUUUUAAUUCAAAGUUUACCGCUAUGUUUACAUUAUUUCUUCAAUCAUAAUAUUAUGUGGACUUUAAGAACUGCUUUUGAUUCCACAGUACUAUUUAUUACAGUUGCCAUACCAAUUAUUUCAUUUGAUUCGAUUCUUUAUGGGAAAUUCGCACCAGUCUCUUGGAAUAUUUUAUUUUAUAAUGUUUUAAAUGCAUCUGAUGAAUCUGGUCCAAAUAUCUUUGGUGUUGAACCUUGGUACUAUUAUAUUCAAAAUAUUAUUUUAAAUUUUCCAUUACCAAUGAUUUUAUUCUCUUUAAUAGGUUUAAUUAAUUGGAAAUUAUGGCCAUUAUGGUUAACUUUAAUCUCUUGGGUUUUAAUAUUUAUUGCUCAACCUCAUAAGGAAGAAAGAUUCUUAUAUCCAAUUUACCCAUUAAUCACUUUAUCUGCAACUGUAGGAUUUCAUAAACUAACAAUCCUAUUCAAUUGUAAAAAUCAUCAUAAUAAUAAGAAUAGAUUUUUAAAAUUAAUCUUCACUUUUGUAUCAUCACUCUUUAUUAUUUUACAAUCCAUUUCAAGAAUUGUUGCUUUAAUAUUGAAUUAUACAGCCCCAUUGAGCGUUUACUUCCAGUUAUCAACUACCGAAAUUAAUCCUACAAAUAUAAUUCAAAAUGUUUGUACAGGUAGAGAAUGGUAUCAUUAUCCAACUUCAUUUUUUUUACCAGACAAUAUGAGAUUGAAAUUCAUUAAAUCAGGGUUUAAUGGCUUACUACCAGGUGAUUUUAUUGAAAAUACCUCUAUUGUUAAUCAAAUUAGAACUAUUCCUCAAAAUAUGAAUAACAUGAAUUUAUUUGAAUCUGAUAAAAUUAUUCCUGUUGAACACUGUAAUUAUUUUAUUGAUAUCAUGCAACCAAUUGAUAUUAAUCAAGAUUCCAUGGAUCCAUUUGAUUUACAAGAAAAUACUGAUUGGAAAACUAUUAAAUGUUCAAAAUUUAUCGACGUAGAUAAUUCAAAAAUUUUAGGGAGAACCUUUUAUUUACCACAAUGUAUUACCAAUAUAUUUGAUAAAUUUUUACCUGAAAAUAAAUAUUGGAAAAAAAUUUAUGGUACAAAGUAUUUUAAUUAUUGUUUAUUUGAAAAAAUUGAAGGUCAGUCUAUAAGUGAUUCAUCUCUAAUUGAAUCAUUAACAUCAAAAAUUAACGAAAACGAGGCACAAGAAAUUAAUAUCAAUGAUGAAUUGUGA